GCCUAUAUACCUCCUCCCAGCCUGAGCCGUCCCCACCACUCCCCCGGUAGAAAACGUAUAAGAUCCUUCCUCUCUCUCUCUCUCGAUGUGGCGAUUUCUUGUUCAUCUUCUUUGUCGUUGAGCAAAGUUGCGAGCUUUGAUCUUUUUGGGCGUCUAGGGAUCGAGCGAUCGAUGAAGCCCGCAGCGGUGCAAGCCUAUCAAAUGCCGGCGAGCAAGUACAAUUCAAGAAACCUAACUAGGGUUGAGAGGCUCCUGCGAGAGAGGGAGCUCAGGAGAUUCAACAGAACCUUCAACAUCGUCGAGGCUGAGCCUGGCGGGCCCGAGGAGGUGGGGCCCGUCCUCCUGCUCGAGCAGGAGAUGGGGCCGCUGGACCCACCCGGUGAUGAUGUGGGCUCCGCCCCCGCCACGGCGGUGAUUGGCGAAGGGCACGUCGGAGGCGGAGGAAGGCGACCGAUGAAGCAGAGGCUGCUGGUGGUGGCGAACCGGCUGCCGGUGUCGGCGGUCAGAAGGGGGGAGGAAUCUUGGUCGCUUGAUAUCAGCGCGGGCGGCCUUGUCAGCGCUCUGCUUGGGGUAAAGGAGGCAGACGCUAAAUGGAUCGGAUGGGCCGGUGUAAAUGUGCCAGAUGAAAUUGGGCAGAGAGCUCUUACAAAAGCUCUAGCUGAAAAGAGAUGCAUUCCAGUUUUCCUUGAUGAGGAAAUAGUGCACCAAUAUUACAAUAGAUACUGUAACAACAUCCUAUGGCCUCUCUUCCAUUACCUCGGACUCCCUCAAGAAGAUCAAUUAGCCACAACCCGUAGCUUCCAGUCUCAGUUUGAUGCAUACAAGAGGGCAAACCAGAUGUUUACUGAUGUUGUCAAUGAGCACUAUGAAGAGGGGGAUGUUGUUUGGUGCCAUGAUUAUCAUCUAAUGUUUCUUCCCAAAUGUUUGAAGGAAUAUAACAGCAAGAUGAAAGUUGGAUGGUUUCUUCAUACACCGUUCCCUUCUUCUGAGAUUCAUAGGACUAUUCCAUCUCGUUCAGAUUUGUUGAGAUCUGUUCUUGCGGCUGAUUUAGUUCUUACAGCACAGGUGAAGAGUGUUGAGGACCAUGGCAACAUUCUUCAUUUUGGAGUCCCAUUGUUCACUGGGUUUCUCCCUAGGAGUGGUCAAGUAUACAAUAGCAAUGAUGGGAUAUGGUCCUGAAGACAGAAGUGCAGUGUUGGAAUUAACCUACAACCAUGGAGUGAAGGAAUAUGACAAAGACAAUGCAUAUGCACAGGAUAAUUCAAACUAGGAGAGUUAUUGGACUCACCUCCCCCAGGACUGGAUGAAGCAAUUGCAAUCUCAAAGGUAUGAUAUUUUAGUCAAGCUGUUAAACAGAGAUUGUUUUGUUUAUUUUAUUUUAUUUUAUUGGCAGAAAUUGAGUUUUUUAUGCCUGUCAGAUUUUUUCUAGGUUAUGCAAUUUGUUGAAUCACAAGAAUACAAUAUUUUUAGUCGUAUAGUAUGUGUUUGGAUCUGCACCAUCCUGGCUCUUAUGGCUAAGCACCUUUUUGAUCUUAUACCCUCCUGGCAUCACAAGCGAGGUCGGCAUGAUAUAUAUAGCUCUGGCCUACAUCAAGGUACAAAAAAUGUUUCAUUUUAGAUUGAGUUUCUUCUAUUUGCUAUCAUGAGGGAAUGACUUCAUCCUUUGGUUUUUGGUAAUGACAAGCCUCUAAAAAAUACUUCAUUAGGAUGCCAAACAAGUGGAACUUCUCUUUCGAUUAUUUCUAUGCAGCUAUCAUUGCUCUUGGAAAUUAUGUGCCAAGUAUGUAUCUGAUAUUUUCACAAUCUGUGUGGUUGUAUUGGUGUUCUCUAAUCCCUAAGAUUGUCUUUUUGUUGGCAGGGAGUACUUUUGAUAUAGUUGUGAAUGUAUUCCUCUAAAAAAACGGAUUGCCAAUGUUUUAUGAAUUAUUGAUUAAAUGUGUUUGCUUUCAGCUGGGUGCUCAUCUCAAAACGCCUUAUUUUAUGAAACGUGAUAACAGUGAACUUA